AUGUCGGGAAAACGUGCAGCUGACGCAGCUUCAUUAGACUUAAAUUUGCCAACAAAGCGUCCUAGAAAGCAAGAUGACGAGGAAUACGGAGAACUUCGCGAAGAAGACUACAUGAGUGAUCCUGCUGCGGACGCUGCUCUCAUUCCUCGUGCAGCCACAAUCAAUUUCAGCGCUUUAACUCGUAAACUCGCAGAAACACGCCGGUCAACUACCGACGUGGAAGGUACAAGCUCAUUAGAUGCCCAUCGUCGUCAGCAGGACAAUUUGGUAUCUCAUAUCUUCAUGGACCAAGACUUCUCGUGGCUACAUCUGAAACCUGACCACGCAUCUCGCCCAAUAUGGAUCAGCCCAGAAGAUGGGCAUAUCAUCCUUGAAGCCUUCUCUCCGAUAGCGGAACAGGCUCAAGACUUUCUUGUAGCUAUCAGCGAACCUGUCAGCAGACCGGCCUUUAUUCACGAAUACAAACUCACUUCCUAUUCGCUGUAUGCUGCAGUUUCAGUGGGCUUGCAAACCGAAGAUAUCAUAGAAGUUUUGAAUCGUUUAUCCAAGGAAUUCAAGCCAUCAAAGGUACCUGUUCCGGAGAGCAUCAUCGGCUUCAUUCGCGAACGAACGCUAUCUUACGGCAAAGUGAAAUUAGUCUUAAAACAUAACAAAUACUUCGUGGAAUCAAGUCACCCUGAAACCCUACAGCUUUUGCUAAAAGAUAGAACCAUUCGGGAUGCUCGAGUCGUUAGUCAAACGGCAGAUAAUAGUAUCAAGGCUGCAACUUUUACGACAGCUAAAGCCCCUGUGAAAGGAAACCUCAUAAUUCCUGGGACGAAGGAGGCAGAGAAAAAGAAGGAUGAAGUUCCUAAUGGUAGACCCGGUGCCCCUGCUGCAGGAAAUGCCGAUGCGGAUCUCUUCACAUCUGUGGUGGGUGUUGAUAAUGAUGAGAUUGAUGAGGACGAUGACAACGUGCAUGCAUUUGAGAUCAGUGAUGGCAAAAUUGACGACGUAAAGAAGCGUUGUAACGAGCUUGAGUAUCCUAUGUUAGAAGAAUAUGACUUUCGCAACGACACCAUCAAUGCUAAUUUAGACAUCGACCUGAAGCCUGCAACCGUCAUUCGGCCAUAUCAAGAAACGAGUUUAAGUAAGAUGUUCGGGAAUGGCCGUGCUCGUUCUGGAAUUAUUGUACUUCCGUGUGGUGCAGGAAAAACGCUGGUCGGAAUUACUGCAGCAUGCACGAUUAAAAAGUCGUGUCUAGUCCUCUGCACCUCCUCUGUCUCCGUGAUGCAAUGGAAGCAACAAUUCAUGCAGUGGUCGAACGUUACUGAUCGUCAAAUUGCGGUGUUUACCGCCGAGUCGAAGGAAAGGUUCGCCGGCGAGAGCGGCAUAGUAGUGUCCACGUAUUCCAUGGUGGCGAACACGCAUAACAGAUCGCAUGAGUCAAAGAAAAUGAUGGAGUUCCUGACUUCACGUGAGUGGGGAUUCAUUCUUUUGGAUGAGGUCCACGUCGUUCCUGCGGCCAUGUUUCGUCGAGUGGUAACCACCAUCAAAGCUCACUCGAAGUUGGGACUUACUGCCACUCUCGUACGUGAAGAUGACAAGAUCGCGGACCUCAAUUAUAUGAUUGGUCCGAAGCUUUAUGAGGCAAAUUGGAUGGAUCUCGCCGCUAAGGGUCAUAUUGCCAACGUGCAGUGUGCCGAAGUAUGGUGUCCCAUGACGCCGGAGUUCUACCGGGAGUACCUACGGGAGCAAUCUCGCAAACGCAUGUUGCUGUAUUGCAUGAACCCUAAGAAGUUCCAAGCAUGCCAAUUCCUCAUCAAGUUCCACGAGGACAGGGGAGACAAAAUUAUUGUUUUCUCGGACAACGUGUUUGCUCUCGAGGCCUAUGCUAAAAAACUUGGCAAACCAUACAUUCAUGGUGGUACUGGCCAGGUUGGCGACACAUCAAUUGAUCUCCCGGAAGCUACGUGUUUGAUCCAAAUAUCCUCCCACUUUGGAUCCAGACGGCAAGAGGCGCAAAGAUUAGGACGGAUUCUUCGUGCGAAACGUCGGAAUGACGAGGGAUUCAAUGCGUUCUUCUAUUCGCUAGUUUCCAAGGACACCCAAGAGAUGUUCUACAGCACGAAGCGUCAGCAGUUUCUAAUCGAUCAAGGCUAUGCGUUCAAAGUGAUCACGCACUUGGAUGGACUGGAGAAUCUGCCCGAUCUGGUAUACCGAACGAAGGACGAGCAGAUCGAACUAAUUUCAUCGGUGUUGUUAGCCAAUGAGAGCGAGGCUGAUCUUGGGUCAGACAUUCGGGCGACUGAGGGUGAUUUGGCAGGAACGGUUACGUCGAAAGACUUUGGACAGAUGAAAUUCCCGGGGGCGCAACGGACGACGGGAACACUGACGGCAUUGAGUGGUGCUCAACACAUGUCGUACGUGGAACAAAACAAGUCGGCGAACAAGAAGCUGGCGCGGGAUGCAGCGCCGAGUCGGCACAAGCUGUUUUCGAGGCGCGAGAAAGAUAAGGCGAGUGCGAGAAAGGAGGCGCGCACAUCAGGUCGGGGAUGA